CAGACCAGCCGCGCCGUUUGUAACGUUCCAGCGGCUCCGCAGCGCCGGUCGAGCGUGUCCCUCCGGCCCGUGGCGCAGCCCCGCUUGGCCGCCGCGCGCCAUGGGCGAGCGCCGGGGCCGCGCUCCGCCGCAGGAGGCCGUAGGGCCGGAGCGGGGUUUCUCUUCAGAUGCUAUUGAAAAUGACUUUAAACCAAAUGAAGAGCCUCUUCUCAGAAAAAAUCCUCGUAGAUUUGUCAUCUUCCCACUCCAAUACCCGGAUAUAUGGAACAUGUAUAAAAAGGCACAAGCUUCCUUCUGGACAGCAGAAGAGGUUGAUUUAUCAAAGGACUUUCCUCACUGGAACAAGCUGAAAUCAGAAGAAAAAUACUUCAUCUCUCAUGUCCUGGCUUUUUUUGCAGCCAGCGAUGGAAUUGUAAAUGAAAAUUUGGUGGAGCGAUUCAGCCAGGAAGUGCAAAUCCCAGAGGCUCGUUGUUUCUAUGGAUUUCAGAUUCUAAUUGAGAAUGUUCACUCGGAGAUGUACAGUUUGCUAAUAGACACUUACAUCAAAAAUCCCAAGAAACGAGAAUUUUUAUUUAAUGCAAUUGAAACAAUGCCUUGUGUCAAGAAGAAAGCAGAUUGGGCCCUGAGGUGGAUAGCAGACAGAGACUCAACUUUUGGGGAGAGAGUGGUUGCCUUUGCCGCAGUGGAAGGGAUCUUCUUCUCAGGUUCUUUUGCUGCUAUAUUUUGGCUGAAGAAGAGGGGUCUGAUGCCUGGACUGACAUUCUCCAACGAGCUCAUUAGCCGAGAUGAGGGUCUGCACUGUGACUUUGCUUGCCUAAUAUUUCAUUAUUUAGUAAACAAGCCUUCAGAAGAGAGGGUCAAGGAGAUCAUUGUUAAUGCAGUUGAAAUUGAGCAGGAGUUUUUAACAGAGGCUUUACCAGUAGGGCUGAUUGGAAUGAAUUGCACUUUGAUGAAACGGUAUAUUGAAUUUGUGGCAGACCGGUUACUGACAGAACUUGGGUUCUCUAAGGUCUUUCAAGCAGAAAACCCUUUUGAUUUCAUGGAGAAUAUUUCACUGGAAGGAAAAACAAAUUUCUUUGAGAAGCGGGUUUCAGAGUAUCAGCGCUUUGCAGUUAUGGCAGAAACAACAGACAAUGUUUUCACUCUGGAUGCAGAUUUCUAAUCUCUCUUCAGAGAGCAUCUUGACUUUUUCCCACUCCCCCAUCUCACUUCUUGUUGGGAAGUUUUAUGUAUUUCUUCUGAAGUCUACUAGGAUUUUUUUUUCUGGCUUCCUACUUUGUGUGAAGUUAUAAAUUUACACUUGAAUAGACUGUAAUUUAGCAAUACAAUAUGUAGGUUAUAACCUAUAAUGUAAAUACCUUUUUGCAUUGCACCCUGAAAAAAGGUCCUCUUAGAAAUUCAUGCAGCUUCUUAAAGGGAUAUACAGUAACUCCUCACUUAACGUUGUAGUUAUUUUCCUGAAAAAUGCAACUUUAAGUGAAACAAUGUUAA